GUAACUCAUUGGGGAGAAAUUGAAUAAUUUGCACCUGUCGCGAGUGAAAGGUGGUAAUUGAUUGAAUUGCAGGUGAUGUGGUGUAUGAGUGAAUUUUUUUUUUCUUCUUCAAAUAGUUGGGAAUAUCAAUUUCCCUCUCGCGACUAUUUGGGGGAAAAUGCCAGAGAGAUUUUCGGGCAGUUUUUUUUCCUGCAGCUGAGGCACACCCGUCUCUAAUUUAAAUAUCUCUACAAAUACACCCAAGCACCAAUUGGAGAGGGAUAAAUUUGCGCAGCUGCUGUGCAAAUUCUCGCCGGAGUCCGUGUGUCGUCCGGGGAAAAUUUUCUCGGCUUUUCCCAGCAAAGUUCAGUCAGUGUUGGAUUUUCCUAUCGUCCGGGACAUACGAGAACAAAUCAUUACAACAUUCCGUGUGCGUGUCACUGUGUAUAAGUUUUUUUCCUAUCUCUUUUUCAUUUUUUUCCUCAUUUGCCUACACACAAGUUCAGUUUUUGGGUGGAACAGUUUUUCCUCAGACAACAUCAGCAGAAAUUUUUCAGUUUUGUAACGAAUAAGAAAAAAAAGAUCACUUGUUUUUUUCUCAUCAUCUCGGGUCCUCUCUCAUCUUGCUCUCCAAACUCUCUCGGUGCGUUUCAUCGCGAAUAAUCUCUGGUGGCCCUCCUCGCCCACCAACAGCCAACACCAAGGAGUAUAUAGCAUUUCUUCUCUACAACUUUUGCAUACCAGUCAUCAGAAACCAAUCAUGAUUCGGUAAAGCAGACCGGGGCAUCACCUCCAUGGGGAAAAAUGUUCUUCAUAUUAGUGUACUAAGAAUCAGAAUUGACUGCACUUGAGAAUUUCUGUCAAUCUGGAACAUCUUUCGUGGUCUGGUAGACCACUUCAGGGUUGUGUUUUUUGCACAAUUGAGUCAUGGCUACACCACCUGACAGUCCUCUCGAGGAAGUGGUGUAUGAACUUGAGCCAACACGUGUUCCAAAACCAAUUCCCGUUGCACUAGAAGAUCUCUGUCGACAAACAAAAUUCACAAGACAAGAAAUCCGAGUGAUGUACAGAGGAUUUAAAACUGAAUGUCCAGAAGGUGUUGUACAUGAAGACUGUUUCAAAGACAUUUACGCAAAAUUUUUUCCACAUGGCAAUUCCAGCCUUUAUGCCCAUUACGUGUUCAAAGCAUUCGAUGUUAACUGCAACGGAGCAAUUAGCUUUCGGGAUUUGUUAGUAACAUUAUCAACUUUAUUGCGAGGUUCAGUUUAUGAGAGAUUGAGAUGGACUUUUAAACUUUAUGAUUUGAAUGGAGAUGGCUGUAUUAGUCGGAAUGAAUUAGGUGAAGUGGUGCAAGCUGUGCAUGAGCUAAUGGGUAGAAGAGCACAUCAGCCAGAGGAUGACAGGAAAGCCAGAGACCAGGUUGACAGAGUUUUUCGAAAGUUGGACCUGAAUCAGGACGGAGUGAUAACAAUUGAGGAAUUUCUAGAAGCUUGUUUGAAGGAUGAUCUUGUUACAAAAUCACUGCAAAUGUUCGAUACAGGACUUUGACGACUGCCUGAGCAUCUCGUCAGCAAUAAACUCAAAGAUUCCGUCUCUUUAAUUGAUCUGUAAUUUCCUUUGUGAAUUAAGAAUUAGUUUUCAUUUCAACUUUUCAAUUGAGAGUGUUAUAAUUAUAAUCAAAACUGUGACUAUUGGACAAUUUUUCUAAUUACAAAAUGUGGAUGAAUUAGAUACGCUUAAAUAGAGUGAUUCCUCACAUAAUAAUUAUUUUAUUAUUUACAAAAUUUUUUCUUGUUUUUUUUUUUAGCAAUCUUUUCUCACUUUUAACUCUUGUCUCCCUUCCUCAGGAAUCUGGAAGUUGUAAUGGAAAAGUGAGGAAAAUUGAAACACUUAUACAAAACCCCAAAAAAAAUGAUUAACAAAAAUUAUCGGACAUUAAAUGUUCAGCAAUAACUUUAUAUGUUACAACUAAAAAAAAAACAAGUGGUGUAAAUUGUAAGACAUUAAUUACUCCAAUUUUUGCAUAAUAAAUUAUCACAAUUCCGGAGAAACGGGCAUUAAAACAUUAAAACAUUAAAACUACCAUCAGUGUUACAACAAAAAUUACUGAAUAAUUUAGGCAAAUAAUAAACAUAAUAAAAUUGUCGAUGGCUAAAGUUGUUCCAAAAUUGGAACUUUGUGUAUAAAUUAACUCAAGCGGACAUUUUAUAUUGCAAAAAAAAGGUGAGAAAAUAAAUUUUUCAAAUAGAAAAUGUUCCAUGUGCUAUUGGAAUAAAUAAAUAAUUGCCAUACAUUUAAUCUUCGUAAUAAAAUAAAAUUAUCCAAUAUACUGUGUGAUCAAUGAAAAUAAUUGUGGAUGAACAAAAACCAAAUAUUUUUAUUUUGUAUGUAAAACUUUCAAAUUUAAUAUUAAAAAAAAUUAUAAUUAUGCCUCUGAAAACUGAAUUAAAAUGUUUGCAAAUUAAAUGUUAUUGCAUUGAUCCAUUGUGUUGACAGGAAAGCCAAAUUAUUAUUUUGUCAACAAUGAAAAUUUAUUAAAUAUAUAAAAUUUCAAUAUGAUCUGGGGAUUAUGUUUUUUCACACAAAAUACAUUGACAAAAAUUUCACAUGCAACAACAGAAAAAAAAACUAAUCAAAGCCAAAGUGCAAUUUUAUAUCACAGGAAAUAUUCUCUGAAUGGUGAAUGAUUGAGAAAUCUUCUAUACAUUUUAGAUACCUAAUCAAAUGGCAAUUUUUCUUCAUGUGAAAUGAAAAUGAAUUAGGAAAAAGACACUUUUAAAUUUUAUUAAAAUAUUUCGUGUAUUAUUCUAAUUAGAUUUUUAAAAUCUUUUUCACUUUGUGUAAAAUAUCUUCCCCCAAUUUGGGAGAAUUUAUUGAAUCAUCAUAAAAAAUGACAGGAAAUUUAAAAACUUAUAUUUAUAUAGUAGGAGUGGAAGGAACCAAACGUAAUGUUUCAAAGUUAGAACCACUUUCUAACGGAUCAAUUCAACAUAGCAUUUCGUUUUAUUGCUUUAACUGAAUCUGGACAUUACAGCCUGAAAAAAAAACUUCUAAUAAUGUAUACAAUUUUUUUCACACGAUUAUUAUCCAAUUAGAAGAACAUUGAGAAAUAUUAGAAUCUUUUUAUACGGUGGAGCAGACAAAAUUUCAAAUAACUUCAACUCAACACAGCCAACAUUGCGAAAUUAAUUAAUUAGUGUUAAUAGAUCAUGGAAAAAAAAAUAAGAAAUUUCUAACGUAAAACUAAGAUUUAGAGAAUCAAGUAUUUAAAAAAUAAAAUGUUCAAUGUAAUGAAUGUAUGUAAUAAUGUAUUUUACAUACAUAAGGAGCAACAACAAAAAAGAAAAGCUUCCACAGGGCAUUUUAGUGAAAAGAAAUUACAAAAAAAAAUAUUUUCCUUUUAAAAUUUUUCUUGUGAGUGAUAUAGAAAAAAAAAGAAAUAAUGUGCAAUAAAUUUUAUUGUUUUUUAGUGAUGAAGAAACUCUUUGAGAGAAUAUUAAUAUCAAUUUGAGUUUCGCAUAUCAUAGAUACAUUUAAAUUUAGGCAAUUUAAAAAAAAACAAUCAUUCAAGUAUUAUCUUUCUAUUUUCAAUUUCAUAAAUGUGUAUAAAAAAAAACUAUUGGAGCAAAUUUUUACCAAAUACUCGCAUAAAGUCCCACAGUCAGAAUGAAGGAAACUUUCUUAAAGCAACUCAAAUACAGGCUUUGGAUACAAAAAAAAACUUGAAAGAACUAUUGUCACAACUUUUGAAAAGAGGAUUACCAAUUGCAUAAGUCCCACAAGACACUUAAUUGAUUUUCAAUAUAUAAAUUUUUAAAUGUACCUGUAACAACGGUAGAAAGCUUUGCCAUGAUAAACUAUCAAAACAGACGGUAAUUACCACACAAUUAUUCCCCACCAAGAAAAAAAAAAUUCAAUACUCUACAUUUAUCCAGGCGAAACAUUGUAAUAUGAUGAAUAAAAAAAAACACGCUAUUUUCAAUAACAUUAUGUCCUUGAUCCAUUUGAGGAAGAAGUGAAGGAAUUUUUUGCAACAACGUCCACCAAAUGUAACAUGGAAAAUAAAAGUGAAACCUGGUUAACACAAUUUAAUAAUGGGAGAAUAUUUAUAUUUAAUGGGAUACAAAAAAAGAACAUUUAAAAAAAAACUAAUGGUCCGACUGUAUUAUCUCAUUUUAUUUUAAAGUACAUGAGUCAAAUGUAUAAAAACAUUGCAUUAGAAUAAAUUGCUUAUCAGUUGCAUCAGUCAAUACCAAUUCUAGCAGUUUCUGAUUGAUUGUUAUACAAAAAAGAACACAUUUGCUAGGCCUGUGAAUGUUAUCAAAAGUUAAUAAAAUUUUGUGAUGUUUACACUGUCACAAUUAAUGUUAAAACAUCUAGAAGUAUGCUAUUAAUUGCUGAAAAAAAACAUGAAAUAUCUAAAAUUGCUAGAAUUAGGGUUGCCUGCUGCAAGAGUAGUAAAGACACAUUUUUCUACAUUAAAAUCAUUCAAUAGUAUACUCGACUUAUGCAUUUCAAUGAAAUUGUAUGAGAUCCUACACUCGGACUUAUGAAAUUAUUUAUCUUAUUAAUUAAUUAAAAAAAAGAAAUUCAAUUGCUAGAAUCUAUAUGAUUAUAAAAAAAAAUUGACGUGAACUAUGAAACGAAAUUAAUAAAAAAAAUAGAGGGAAAUAUGCUUUAGAUUUAAACUUUAUUUACAAAAAGAAAAAUUACGAAUCAAGUGUAUUUGAGAGUAGUGUUAUUUUCUUACUCGUUUUCUCAAGAAAAUUGUAUAAAAUAUUUAUUAGGAUAUGAAUUUUUUAAGGUAAAAAAAAGUUGUACCAUCUGCUUUAAUUUCCUGUUAAUUUCUUAGACUGGUUAAUAUUGUUUUCAUUGUUCGUUCUAUUUUUUACUUUGAGUGAUGAAAUAUAUCUUGUAGAAAGGACAGAUGAUAGUUAAUUUCUUUUCUCAUUUAGAAUUAAUCUAAUUACAAGUUAUUUCGUAAUCUGAAGAACAAAAAAAAAAUAUAAAGUAUGACAAAAAAAUAAUAAUAAUGGUUGUAAGAAAACAAGUAAAUCUUAUCAUUAAACAGAAUUACAUUGGA